GGUGAUGAGCAUGCACCCGCGCUAGGGUCCGAGGGAGGUCGUCGGGAAGCUUUGGGGAGAUACCGAACAGCGCUCGACAAGUACCGAAGAUGCCGACUUUUACCGAACACGAUCGGUCCCUACCCGACCGACGACAAGCCACCGAAGGACGUCCGGCAGCACUUGGGUCAGUUUGCCCACACUUCACGUACUUACCAUGACCGCAUAGGAGUGUUACGAUAA